AUGCAAUGUUCUUGGGGAGAAUUUACACCUUCUCUGGAAGAUGUUUGCAAUAUUAUGAGAAUCCCGAUCGUUGGGGACGGUAAUCCCUUCAAGAUAGAGCUGGAUAGGGAGCAGAAGAAGAAGCUACAGGUUCUGGAAAAGGGUGCUUAUGAUUCCAAAGAAGUGUUCCUUUUUUGCAAUUGGCAGCGAGUCUUCCCAUUGGCCAUUAUGCUAGCAGCUGGUACUUGUUUCCCGCUUGCUCCUCUCUUCCUUAGUCACCUAUACAGGAAGCUUGAUCAGAUUUCAAAGGAUGAUAAAGAAGGUGCGGGGCAGUAUGGCAUUGAUUCUUUAGUAUCUAGCUUCUUCCUUCAACUGUUCGUAUGGGAGAGAUUCAAAGGUUUGGCCGUGGAACCUGUAACCCCUAAGUCCCUUCACCAGCUUGAGGGGGGCAAAAGAGAUUUCAAUCUAGUAGGGUUCCCAUUGUGCUGCAGAUGGUUCAGAAGAAAAGUCAAGAAGGGUGCAUUUAGGCCUGCUAUCCUGGAUGACAUCGGACAAUUCAAUUUCAGGCCGUAUUUUACUGCUCACGGCUUCCAGACAUUUCCUUUCUUUUAUCCAGAGGGUAACUCAUCACUGUUCUUAGGAUCCGUCGAGCUGCUUCUAGCCACUAAUGCGCAGACCAUAAUAGCAUAUGGUGAUUUCUUUGACCUUGCAAUCGAGAUAUAUUCCCCUCAUAGAGUUAAGAGGCAAUUUGGAAUCGAUCAGGAUGUGCCAUCGCAUCUAUCUUACGAUGGACAUCUCCGGAAUUGCAUCAUGGAUUUCACUCGGACAUAUGGUAUUUCAUGCAGUGGUAUACUUUUUGAUAGUCUCAGGAAAAAGGACAGUGUCAGCUCCCCUACAUUAACAUUCUUGAGAUUUUGGGAGCUACAGCGGUGCGAGUUCAGGAGGUUUAUUAAGACCGGUGGUACUAGGUUGUGA